AUAUUGGGAAUAGGGAAGAAGCAUUGCAUGACUCUCACCUGGACCUCUCUGCUAAAUAAUAACACAUCAAGUAAGAAAGUGAGGGACAAGAUUUUGAGUUGAGAGAUUGGAAAAACAUUGGAGUCUCCUCAAUUCGGGUUUUGGCAUAAUCGCCCACCUGACCUCUCUAUUGUCCAGCCAGCCUUGUACUUUCCGAAGAAAAGAAAAGGUCCUUUGUGCCUUUCUCUUCUCUAAUGGGCUUCGCAUAUCCUUGUUGUUACAUUCUUCUAUUUCGUCACAUGAGCUGAAAGAUCUUUCCUUUUAAUCUUUCUGACACUUACAGUUUUCUUCUUUGGGGUCCCUCUAAUUUAAGUUCUAUUGGGUUUUUGGUGUGGUUGUAAAUGGCAAAUACAUCUGGGUUCUUUACAGCUCCUUCAGUUCCUAGCCUUAGGAGGAUGAAUCAGCCUUCAAUAGGCAUUUACCGAUCUGGGUUUUGCUCUUCGUAUGGAAUCUCCAAAAGGGUAUUCUGUUCUAGCACCAUUGAGGGCGCUUCAGGAGUCUCCGCUUCUGAAUCUCGAGUACGCAGGCUUGUCAGUCAAGGCUGCAAGCUAGUAGGAUGUGGCUCAGCAGUACCAACACUUAAGAUUUCGAAUGACGAUCUAUCAAAAAUAGUUGAUACUAAUGAUGAAUGGAUAUCUGUUCGCACUGGUAUUCGUAAUCGACGGAUCAUCUCAGGCAAAGAUAGCUUAACAGGUCUAUCCAUAGAAGCGGCAAGGAAGGCACUUGAGAUGGCACAGGUUGAUCCUGAUGAUGUAGACCUAGUCUUGAUGUGUACUUCCACACCUGAGGAUCUCUUUGGCACUGGUCCCCAGAUCCAAAAAGCACUAGGCUGCAAAAGAAACCCUCUGGCGUAUGAUAUUACGGCUGCGUGUAGUGGAUUUUUAUUGGGUCUAGUUUCAGCUGCUUGUCACAUCAGGGGAGGUGGUUUUAAGAAUGUUCUGGUGAUUGGCGCUGAUGCCCUCUCUCGAUACGUUGAUUGGACUGACAGAGGAUCAUGUAUACUCUUUGGGGAUGCUGCAGGUGCCGUAUUAGUACAGGCCUGUGACAGUGAAGAAGAUGGUUUAUUUGGUUUUGACUUGCAUAGUGAUGGUGAUGGCCUAAGGCAUCUAAAUGCAAGCAUCAAAGAAAAUGAAACCGACCAUGCGUUAGGUACCAAUGGUUCAGUGGUAGAUUUCCCUCCAAGACAAGCUUCUUAUUCCUGCAUUCAGAUGAAUGGGAAAGAAGUCUUUCGAUUUGCUGUGCGAUGUGUACCACAGUCAAUCGAGUCUGCUCUUGAAAAGGCUGGUGUCACUAGUUCUAGCAUUGAUUGGUUGCUGCUCCAUCAGGCAAACCAGAGGAUUAUAGAUGCUGUUGCUAACCGUUUGGAAGUUCCACAAGAACGAGUCAUAUCAAAUUUGGCAAACUAUGGCAACACAAGCGCUGCUUCCAUACCACUGGCAUUGGAUGAAGCCGUUCGAAGUGGGAAAGUGAAAGCAGGCCAUACUAUUGCAGCUGCAGGGUUCGGUGCUGGUCUCACUUGGGGCUCUGCUAUUCUAAGAUGGGGAUGAUGAAAUGAAACCUAUGCACCAUCUUGCCCCUCAUGAAACAUCAAAAUGAAAAAGAAGAGGAAAAAAAUACAAAAAAAAAAAGAGCAAUUUUCAUUUAGAACCAGCAGUUAUGCAGUUUCUAGCUUCAAAUGUCAUGUGUAUUAUUAUCAUAUUACCUUGGCAGUUUCUGCAACGGCUAGCUCCCUUUUGUUUGUUUUUGCUUAUGUUACUCUUUUUUUUAGCUUUGGCAACCUUAAUAAAAUUGAUUUAUUUCUUUCUUUUGAUA